CUUCCAAAGUGGCCGCGCUGCGGCACCAAUAGCGGCACAGGGUCUGAGCUUGGCAAAUGGUGAGACUGUGAAGGGCCUUGCUGCUUGCAGGCCAAACAAGCCUCGCGGAAGAUCCUUCCCCCAGUACUGUCCCUGCUCAGUUACUACUGUAAGUCCUACUGUAAACUUCUGGUACCUCACCACCACUACCAAAUCAGCAUCACUGCUUCUUCCACCAAACACCAUCCCCAUCCCCACCCCAAUCCUCAUACAUUUUUCAUCUCUGGUUGCAUGUCUUAAUCUCCACCCCCUACGAUCCACGAUCCACGACCCCACGAAAGCGUGCGAAUGCUCACGACAUAAAGAAUCGAGGCACAAGCAGUGGACGCCAACCUCAACCAGCCACAGCUCCAUUCAGACCAACUUGUGUGCAACCUCCAGAUGUCGAGAUAGUAGGGGCUCAAGAUCAAUAUCAUCUCUCUCACGGAUCGAAUACAAUGUCGCGCGGCUACUCCAACCUGCAACCGCAUGCCCGCGACUCUCUAGAACUGGCCAGUUUGGCCUCGAGCUCGCCCGCCAGUCGUACAUCCUCCUCCUCUUCCCGAUCCGGCAUCGCAUCCUCCAGAAAAUUGUCUCUCGAGGAAGAUGAUCCCCUAGACGACCGCAAUCCGGCGGCACAAGCCAAUAUCAGGGGCAACCAUCCUCGAUCAUAUUCCAGCGGCUCAGUCUUCGAUUUCUCUUCGAAUCUGUUUCCCCUAUCGGCCUCAACGGGCAAUGGUUAUGCUCCUAUAGGGGCUCCCAUAUCUUCUACGAAUCCACAGACAGCUCUAGGAGGAGGAUCACUGGAGAAGAAUAAAACAUUGACAUAUCUUAAUGGGUUAUCAUUAGUGGUUGGCUUAAUUAUUGGUUCGGGUAUAUUUUCUUCACCUAGUCAGGUUAAUAUCAACGCUGGAUCGCCUGGGGCUUCGUUAAUUGUAUGGGCUAUUGCCGGUGUACUGGCUUGGACCGGCGCAUCGAGUUACGCCGAGUUGGGAGGAGCUAUACCGCUUAAUGGAGGGGCUCAAGUAUAUUUGGCCAAGAUAUUUGGGGAGAUAUGGGGCUUUCUUUUUACCUGGUGUGCUGUGGUGGUAUUGAAACCGGGAUCCAGUGCCAUUGUUGCCAUUAUUAUGGGAGAAUACCUCGUUCGGGCAGCCAUCGGAGCUGAUGCUGAGAAUGUGAGCGUGUGGAUUAACAAGAGUGUGGCAUUGGUUGGAUUAAUAGUCGUCACGCUUUUGAACUGUCUAUCCACGCGGCUGGGAAUGAAAAUGGGCGACAUGUUUAUGAUUUUGAAGUUUGUUGCAUUGAUCGGAGUUACCAUCGUUGGGAUUGUGGUUGCUGUUACUGGAUUUUCAAAUGCUGGCGAGGCAAAUCAAGAUUGGAAAACUAAAGGAUGGUUUGAAGGGACAAACGCUAGUGCUUCUUCGUGGGCAGUAGCUUUAUAUGCAGGGCUGUGGGCAUUCGAUGGGUGGGACAACGUAAGUCUUCAUAAAUAUGUAUGAAUUUACAGCAUGGCUAAUGAUACAGACAAAUUACGUUGUAGGAGAAUUCCGUAACCCAACACGAGAUCUCCCAAGAGUCAUCCACACAGCCAUGCCCCUCGUAAUUCUCUCCUACAUCAUGGCUAAUAUAGCCUACUUCUUCGUCCUUCCCCUCGACACCAUCAACUCCUCUAACACAGUAGCCGUCCAAUUCGGAAGCAAAGUUUUCGGGCCCAUCGGUUCUCUGGUCCUCGCCCUGAUCGUCAGCCUCAGUUGUUUCGGCGCCCUAAACGCCACAACCUUCACAUCAGGCCGACUCGUCUACGUAGCCGGAAAAGAAGGAUACCUUCCCUCCAUAUUCGGCCAAAUCGGCCUCUCCAACACCAACAUGGAAACCUCCACCUCGCUCCGCACCCAGAACAAAAUCACCAAACGCCUCGCCAACAUGUUUGGCGACGAAGACACAGGACUCUUCUUCACGCCCGUCUACGCCAUGAUACUUAACGCUUUGUUGACAGCAUGCUACAUCUUCGUGGGCGAAUUCGGGACCCUGGUCACCUUCUAUGGUGUCGCCGGUUACACAUUCUACUUCAUGACCGUCUUAGGACUCAUCAUCUUGCGCGUCAAAGAACCGAAUCUUGAAAGACCGUACCGCACUUGGAUCACCACCCCUAUUAUCUUCUGCUGUGUAAGCUUGUUUUUACUAAGUCGCGCGGUGUUCGCAGAGCCCGUGCAGACACUGAUUGUGGUCGCAUUCGUGGUUGCGGGUGUGCCGAUUUAUUAUUGGAGAAUCAGAGGACGGGAUGUGGUUGUGAAACGGGAGGAUGGAUCGAGUGGGAAGAGUCCGUCGUGGAAGUUUUGGAAGUUGGGGAGGAGGUGAUGUUGUUGUAUUAUAUAUUUGUGUUUGUUUUAGUCUGUUCCUCGCUUAGGGGCGUAGCUUGGGUUAGGUAAGUAAAGUAAAUAGAUGCAUGGAUUGGAUUGGAUUGGGGUUAGGAUUGCAUAACAAUAAGAACAAGAAUAAAAAUUUCUAGAAAGAAGUUGGAACC